UACUAUUGCCCUCCUUUUCACAUUAUUUGUGUCUUAUGUCAGACCUUAGUUGAAACAGGUUUUCAAGACAGAAAUGAAGCCGAAAAAGUCAUCUGAUGAGAAAUAUGUUCCUCUUAGUUGCUAUGAAAUUUGGUUUGCUUCUUUGCUUGCACUUUUUGUUUGUGUUUGUGUUGGGCUUAUUGUACUUUCAUGGUUAACAAUCCAGGAGUUAGAACGAGUUGAAACAGGUGGGAAUAGUCAUCUCUAUGUGGGAACAUUUAAAAUAGUCUCUGGGACAACAUUCACUCCUUCUUUGUACGAUAGAUCAUCAGCUGACUUCAAAAUCCUUGCCUUUGAUGUUGAACAGUUGAUACAAGACAUUUUUCAAGCAAGUAUUCUGACAAAUGAAUUUGAGAGAUGUGAAAUUUUCCAGUUCAAGAAGCCUGAAGAAAUUCAUGAAAACUUCAAGUCUCAAACUGGUGUUGUUGUGAUCUUCCACCUUUAUCUUACCCAGAGGGUAACGGUUGAGAAAAUAAAAAAUGAGUUGCUUUUGGGUAUUGACGCAAAUACAACUGAUCUUGUUCAGACUUUGAAAAUUGAUAUGAACAGCAUACAAAUCACAGAGUUUGCUGAAAACCUUACUACAAUGCUGCCUUUAACUUCAUCAGGUUCAGGACAACUCACCACAAGCAAGUCCACAACUAAGUCCACAACUCCAGAGUUUGCUGAAAACCUUACUACAAUGCUGCCUUUAACUUCAUCAGGUUCAGGACAACUCACCACAAGCAAGUCCACAACUAAGUCCACAACUCCAGUUGAGUGCUUGCCACUUGCUGAAGUUUGUGCUGAUGGUGUAACCUGCAUUAGAAAAGAUUUAUUUUGUGAUGGAGUCUUGGACUGCCCGGAUGGUUCAGAUGAAUCUGAAAAAAGAUGUGCUGCAGUUUGUGAUGGAAAAUACAUGCUGACUGAUUCCUCUGGGUCUUUCCACUCUAUGAAUUAUCCAAAACCAUAUAAUCCAAAUAUUGUUUGCCGAUGGAUUAUACUAGUGCCUCAAGGGUUGUCGAUUAAACUGAACUUCACUUCUUUUGACACACAACAAUUUGCAGACAGUCUAGAUAUUUUUGAAGGUAUAGGACAAAACAAAACUUUAAGAGCUUCUCUCUCAGGGUCUAAUGCUGAGACAGUAUACAUUUUUUCUCAUGAGGCUACAGCUGAGUUUAUAUCUGAUUAUUCUGAAAAUUACAAUGGCUUUAAUGCAACGUAUACUGCAUUUAAUGCAAAUGAGCUAAACAAUUAUGAGAAAGUCUAUUGCACUUUUGAAGAUGGCUUUUGUUAUUGGAGGCAAGAUUCAGAUGAUGAUUCAGACUGGGAGAGAGUUCAGGGCCCUACUUUUCCCCUUAUGAGUGGUCCUGAUUUUGAUCAUACAUUUGGCAACAUGUCAGGAUUUUAUAUUUCAACACCCAUAGGAUUUGGAUAUAGAGAAGAGAGAGUCCGGAUUCAGAGUUUGCCUUUGGUCUCUUCAGAUCCAUCUUGUCUAAGCUUUUGGUAUUACAUGUACAGUCCUAAUGUUUACCGUUUAAUUGUUAGUAUAAGUGAUGAACAAGGUGUAGAAAAGAUAAUUUUCGAGAAAGAAGGAAACUAUGGAAACUACUGGAAUUACGGACAAGUAACUUUAAAUGAAACAUCUGAUUUUAAGGUUAUCAUUGAUGCCAUUAAAAAGAAUGGUGCAAGUGAUAUUGCCUUGGAUGAUAUUGGCCUGACAAAGGGAAAAUGUAACGAAAGUAAUUAUGUAGAACCAACUGCAUUUCCAGUUAUUACUACUCCUUCAGGUCCCAGUGACUGUGGAGGACCAGUUGAACUCUGGGAGCCAAACAGUACGUUCAGCUCUGAAAACUUUCCAAACUAUUAUCCUAAUCAAGCAUCAUGUGUAUGGUACUUAAAUGCCGAAAUAGGGAAGAACAUUCAACUUCAUUUUCAGGUUUUUGAUGUGGAAUAUAUUUAUGAUAUAGUUGAAGUCAGAGAUGGCAGAGGACCAAAUUCUUCACUUCUGGCUGUCUAUACAGGACAAGGCCCAUUGCCAGAUGUCUUCUCUACAACAAACCAGAUGACGGUAAUCCUUUUUACGGACAAGAUUGUAACGAAGCAAGGAUUUCUUGCAAACUUCACUACUGGUUAUCAUCUAGGAGCGUGUACACUCGAGGAAUAUCAGUGUCGUAAUGGAGAGUGUAUACCAUUGCAUAACCUUUGUGAUAACCUACCUCAGUGUGAAGAUGGCUCUGAUGAAGCAAAGUGCAUGAGAUUGCUUAAUGGUUCUUUAAGCACGAAAGGGCUGGUACAAGUCAGGAUUGGGAAGACAUGGCACCUGGCAUGUGCAGAUGAUUGGAAUGAGCAGAUUUCAGACAGUGUUUGCCAGCAGCUGGGAUUAGGGGAUGCAAAUAUGUCAUCAACUGUAUUAUUCACUGGAGAUGGCCCAUUUGCUGCCAUCACCAAAACAGCUAACCAAAGCCUCAUAUUUACAAAAAGAGAACACUGUUUGAACAACCAGGUGAUUCAUCUGCAAUGUAACAUUAAACCUUGUGGACAACGCUUGGUAACUCAGAACAAUAGAACAAGGAUUGUAGGUGGAAGUGAUGCCAGAAGAGAAGCUUGGCCUUGGGUAGUCUCACUUCAUUUUAAUUCCAUGCAUCUUUGUGGAGCCUCCCUUGUCAGCGAGGAAUGGCUGGUGACAGCAGCACACUGUGUAUAUGGGAGACAUUUACAACCAUCUAAAUGGAAGGCAGUUCUUGGCUUGCAUGACCAAUUGAAUAUGACACACCCCUCAACAGUAGUUCGAUACAUCAAUCAAAUAAUUAUAAAUCCUCAUUACAAUAAGCUUACAAAAGACAGUGAUAUUGCUCUGAUGCAUCUUCAGUACAAAGUGCAAUAUACAGACUACAUACAACCUGUCUGCUUACCAGAAAAAAAUCAACAGUUUUUGCCAGGAACUAGCUGCUUCAUUGCUGGCUGGGGUGAUACUACAAGCGGAGGUUCCUCUUCAAAUAUAUUGCAAGAAGCAGAGGUCCCUCUCAUUUUAAAUGACAAAUGCCAGCAAUGGAUGCCAGAAUAUAGUAUUACUGAAAAUAUGAUCUGUGCAGGCUAUGACACAGGAGGAAUAGAUUCCUGUCAGGGAGAUUCAGGAGGCCCUCUGAUGUUUGAAGAUGGUAACAAGUGGGUUUUGGUAGGUGUAACAUCAUUUGGCUAUAAGUGUGCACUUCCCGAACGACCAGGAGUGUAUACUCGAGUCACCAUGUUUGUGGACUGGAUACAAAAUACCAUCUAUUACCUUGAUAUUUUUUAAUGAUAGAAAUUGAAUUUAAAGGUUGAAAGUAAGCCUGUAUAAUAAUGCAAAAGAGACUAGCAUUCAAAACUCACAAUUAGAGAAACUGAAAAGGUAUAAUUCAAAGUUCAGUCUAGAUUUAAAUUUAGGGAAAGAAAUAUUAAUAAUUGAAAAUUACUUUCUUUAUA